AUGUCGCGGGUGGAAGCGGCGCAGCUGGUGCCCAUCAACGAUGUGCAGCCUUCGCUCUUCGCGGGUCGCAAGCUGCGUGUGGCAGGUACAGUGACCGCUCUCGCCAGCAGCACACUGCUCAUCCUCUCGGACCUGCAUCCCCGCACCAACCAACCGCCCAGCUCUGUACUCGUAGACCUCUCCCUCUGCGCCGUGCCCUCGCCACCACUCAAGACCCCACUCAUGGUGCUCGGAACCCUCGUUCAGCGCUCGACACCCAUCGACCUCGCCUUUGCCACUGCACCCGCACGCAUCCCUCACACCGACCCGCAAGUGGCCGCGACCGUCUUCCCUCUCCACACGGACAUCCGCCUGCCGAACCGGUUCUUUGUGCUCGAGGCGCUGGUGUGCAAGCCGCUCGACCACACGUUUGACUUGGCGCUGUGGAACCACGCUGCACGACUGCGCUCUCACGCCGACUGGAGUACCCGAUGA